GAUUUAUCUUUUUUUUCAAUCAGAUGUAUAGAGACUUUUCAACAUAUUUCUCUAGAGGUAUAGGUUUAUAUAUUUUCAGAUGUACAAUGACAGGGCCUCUUCUUGAUGUAUAAAGGAUCAGCUAGUGAAGCCAAACUGUUGCAAAGUAAAACUUAUUGUACUGGACUUGUUAUUCAGAAGCUUCGUAUGGGUAUACCAAAUGGAGAGCAGGCAAUUAGAGGGAAGAAGCUUGCUAUGUCGUACAUUGGAAUGCUUGAGAAUGGGGAAACCUUUGACGCAGAUACUGGGUGGCCUUUUUACGAGUUUCGACUUGGUGCUCGGCAAGCGAUACUAGGAUGGGAAGUUGGUGUUAAAGGCAUGCGUGUUGGGGAAAAAAGAAGACUAAUAAUUCCUCCGUUCAUGGGGUAUGGUACUAAAGGCGCUGGUUCAAUCAUAAUCAUACCGCCCAAUUCAUGGCUGAUCUUUGAUCUUGAACUUAGAGAUGUGAAAUAGUUGCAGAAGAAUUUCUGGAUGUCCUCUUUUUGUUGUUUGGUGACACUAAAAAAUCUUUUAAC